AUGUGCACCACCAACGUCCAGACCUACCGCUACGCCGACGGCCGAGUCGAAACCGUCAGAGUUCCUCAGCUCUGCCCACACUCGCGACACGGAAUCCCCUGCUCCGGCAACGUCCUCAUUACACACCCAGAACAGCGCGCCGCCUACCCUGGCCUCUCUGCUUCUGUUCCGUCCAUGAGCUCGCAGUACCUGUCUACCACGCCGUUCCCACCAACACCGCCAAGCUACAGCCCUCGCUCCUCUACUCCCAACUACCGAUCUGGUGACGAGUCCGACAUGUCUGGCAACCGCAGCGGCUCUUCCUCUCGCAGCAACCGACACUCUACCGCUCUCUUCGUCGACGGCCAGCAGGUUUACAAUGUCGAGCAUGGCCAUGGCUCAAGACGGCGACGCUCCUCCUCCCGCCGCGAGCGCUACGAGCUCGGCACACCACCAUCGCCUCAGUCGGGAUCCAGCUCGCAGCGCCCGAUUGUUAUAAACCAGAGUGGGCGCAUUGAGGUUCCAGAGGACCGCGGCCACCGCCACGGCCGCCACUCCUCGACAAGCUCACAUGGGUCACACGGCUCACAUGGCAGCUACCGCUCUCACGACGAUGAGGAGCGCGAGGCCCAGGCUGCCCGCAACCGUGAGCGAAGGAAGCGCGAGGUCGAGCAGGCCGAGCGCCAGCUCAAGCAGAAGAGACCCGACUUCCACAACCGAGUUGAGCGUGCCAAUGCCACGAUUGCCAGCCGACCCGCCAUUCCCUCUCCCCCUCGACAGUCAAAGCACGCCACUCCCUACCACCCAGACGAGCUCGUCAAUUCCUUCAGCGGUCUUGGUAUCCAGGAACCAUCUUCCGGACGAAAGUCGCGUCGCAGGCACGAGCAAGAGCAGGCGAUUGAAGAUGAGCUGCAGGAGCAGCGCCUGAGGGAUCGCCUGUCCCACCGACGGACUGUCAGCUCUGGCAGCAGCCGGCGGCACCGCAUCCUUUACGAUGACGGCAGCUACCGUUGGGAGUAA